GUCCUUCAAUAACCCGGAAGUCAAGCUCUCACAUGUUGUGUAUAUCCAUCGGUUGCUAAGCGUAGUUAUCACGCUUAGUACAAUUACAGCCGAUUCUUUUUAUGUCAUUAAUCGCUUGAGCAAAAAUGUUGAAUAUGAAAGUAGUCGCGUUAAUAAGUGGAGGCAAAGACAGCUGCUACAACAUGAUGCAGUGUGUUGCUGCUGGGCACCGGAUCGUAGCUCUGGCCAACCUGCGUCCUGCCCUCACAGAUGAGUUGGACAGCUACAUGUACCAGACAGUGGGCCACCACGCCAUAGAACUGUAUGCGGAAGUCAUGGAUCUGCCCCUGUAUAGACGCACUAUCCAGGGCUCCAGCCUGAACACCAGCAGAAACUACAGUGUGACGGAGGGGGACGAGGUGGAGGAUCUGUAUGAGCUGCUGCACCUCGUCAAAGAAAAGGAGGGAGUCGAGGCAGUGUCUGUGGGGGCCAUUCUGUCCGAUUACCAGAGGGUCCGUGUGGAAAAUGUGUGUUCGCGGCUAGGGUUGCAGCCCCUGGCCUACCUGUGGCGCCGAAAUCAAAAGUCCCUGCUCUCCCAGAAGAUAUCGUCUGACCUCCACGCUGUCCUCAUCAAAGUCGCUGCCUUCGGCCUGGAUCCGGAGAAGCACUUAGGAAAACCUCUGGCUGACAUGGAGCCCUAUCUGAAACAGCUCUCCCAGAAGUACGGAGUUCAUAUUUGUGGAGAAGGAGGUGAAUAUGAAACUUUCACCCUUGAUUGCCCUCUCUUCAAAAAGAAAAUGGUAAUUGAUGCAGCAGAGACAGUGAUCCACUCAGCAGAUGCCUUCGCCCCUGUUGGCUACUUAAACUUCACCGAGAUACACACCGAGAACAAGGAUGCCGAUGCGGUGGCGAGAGCUUUGCCCCACGGUAGUUGUCCUUGCCAGAAUGCCAUUGACAAGAUGACUGAGGAGGUGGAAUAUGCUGAUCAAGCUCAAGACAACCGGCAACAAUUUACAUCAAAUUGUGACCUUAGUUGUCAGCAGGGCCACGAUCUCCCUCCAUCCUGCUCAGCACGAAGCUCCAAAGGCUAUCAGUGGAUCUCUGGCAUCAACGGCCUUCAGUGCAAAGAUCUCGGGAUCCAGGGACAAACAGCGGCAGCUUUCAGACGGCUGCAAAGUGAGCUGGACAGCAGAGGCUGGACAAUGAAGGACAUCAUCCUUGUUCAUCUGUAUGUGAGGUCCAUGGAAGACUUUGUUCCUCUCAACAUUGUGUAUAAGAAACACUUUGGCAUGAACCCUCCAGCCAGGGUCUGCGUUCAGGCUCCUCUACCUGCCGUGCAGCUGCUGCAGAUGGACUGCCUGCUCCACGACUGGACUGAGCCCCUGCAGGAAGGCUGCUUCCACCAGCGGGAAGCCCUGCACGUCCAGAGCCUUUCCCACUGGGCCCCAGCCAACAUCGGGCCCUACAGUCAAGCCCUCAGGGUCGAUGAGACGGUUUUCUGCGCGGGCCAAAUUGCGUUGGUCCCGUGUACAAUGCAGCUGGUGGAGGCUGGCACCAGGACGCAGGCCCGUUUGGCCUUCAGCUAUGUGCAGAAGGUUCUGGAGGCUGUGACCAGCAGCCUGACUCUCGCUCACGUUAUCCAGGCCCACUGCUACAUCACCAGGCGCCGAGACGUCCCCAUCGUCAGGUCCAUCUGGGAGGACAUGCUGACGGCCGCCGAGGAAGACGAGGGCCUGCUGCGGGAGCGCCGGAUCAGACCUGCGCCACUGUUGGCCAUCGUGGUACCUGCGCUGCCCAGGGGAGCGGUCGUUGAGCUUCAUGUAACUGCAGUGCAGGACGAUCCCACCGAAAGGACUUCCUGUCACGUGACCACGACGGUGGCCCGCCUAUCGAUCGAGUGCCACACUGUGACGUCGGCCGACGGCAGCGGCGCGUCGCUCUCCCUCUCCCUCUCCCCGCCGGUGCCCGGCGGCGACCCCGAGGUCACGGAUGCAAAGGAGGUGGCCGAGGCAGUCGCCGCUGCGUUCAAGGACGCCAAGGAAACGGCGGACGCCAGGCUGGUGCCGAUGAGUGCCAGGGUGUUCUACAAGUGCCACUCGCUGGCACGGCGGAUCGUUGAAGGACUUGAGAGCAGUUUGAGAAGCUCUCUAGGGACGUCAAGUCCGUCCGUUGCUCUGGUUCCAGUCCUGGACUUGCCUGAUUCCCAGAUCCUCCACCUGUCCUGCUGGCUCAGUGCGUAGGAGCACAGGCCAACAAGUCAACAACCAGACUCCAGUCCUCCACAUCUCUGGAAUUCAUUCGGGGCUUUUCUGCAGGAGUGACUCUGACAGCCCGACACCGAAUGACUUACAACGGGGCAUCGCUGAAUGUGGGAAAUAGCAAACUGCUCAUUAACGUUAACUGUUAGUCACUGCUGACGGGUGAAAUGCAAAGCCGUGUCCGUCUGCGGGUGCUUUUCAGUGUUCCACUUCAAAUCCCAGCAUGCAGGCUUAUAAUUCACCUCGUGCUCCACUGGGGUGAAAUACUACUGCAGCAGCUGUUGUUCAGCCUCGGAGAAACUUCUACCGCCUAAAAGCAGAGGACGGGAGAGCGCAGUCGACCAACGGAGACGCCGGCAGCGUCUCAUUCCGCGCGGCGGAUAAACUCUAUCCCCUGAAAUCCCACUGUUCCUGCUGCGAUUCCUCUCGCCGCGUGGGCCAACACCCCCCUCGUAAAGGCCCAGCGCCACCGCCGCCGCCAUCUGUUGGGUUGUAAACCUAUAGAUUUACCGUGCGCCUGCUUGUGGCCGUGUGUAAUGUGCGCGGACGAGGUGACUGUGUUUCUCGCCCUCAUGCUCCGUGGGAUUCAAGGUGUGUUAUUAUUGUGUAAUAGGCAAUCAGCACCGAGCACCUGAAAAGAUUAAGCCUCUUUAUGUUUUCUAUUGAUUCUCAGGCAACCUGGUUAAUAGGAGAAGGGACACUACAACACACAGCUGCAGGGCGUGUGUGCGUGUGUGUGUGUGUGUGUGCGCUGAGGCUGUCAAUGGAUAUCGUGACGAUGUGGGGAGAAAAUAACACUAUUAACCAUUGCUCCUGGAACAUUUCUUUCCUCAAAGAUCAUGAACCGUAUUGAUGAUGGAGUUGGAAUGCUUCUUCGCUCUGGCUAUUCUCUUCAUUGUGCGCGUGAUGGCGGUGAGAGUGGUGUGAGCUAUUGAUCUUCUUCCACCGCAAUGUUGUUUUGAUUGUUAUCAAAAAUUCAACAAUAGUGGUAGCCAAUAGAGCCUGAAGAUUUUUAUUGAGGGUUGAAAAAACACAAACAAGCAAUUAUUUAUGAGAAAGAGCAAGACUAUGCCCCAUAAAUAUACAGUGUGUGUUAAUAUUCACCCGUUUGGUUGUAAAGGCCGUCACCAGAGGGACAUUCGGUAAACACCGGUACAUUUAAUUUGAUUUAUUUCUUUGUUUUCAAAAGAUGUAGCUGUUUAACAGACACAUAUUUGUCAAUGACACAAGAUUGCCGAAAAAGACAUCCCACUGAAAAGAUUUUCAUUCAAUUGUCUUGUUUCAAUUUGUAAAUGUGUAACAGUCUUAAUGCCGAGCACCAUAUUGCCAAGGAAAGUAGUGAAGAAGAGCAAACUUGCAUGUUCAGCAGUCUUAGUAAAAACCUAUAGAGAAAAUGGAACAAAAGAAACAACACACACCAGCCCAGUGUAUUUCAAUUAUACAUGUCCACUGCAUUUAAUUAUAUUAAUUAAAUUCCACAUCUGCAAGACAUUUCUUUACUUUUGUUUUGAAUGCCUUUGUUUUUAUUAUCUUUAGUGGGGCAAUGGUUAAAGGCAAGGGCUUUGUAACAAAGCAAUACAAGACCCAACAUUUCUGUAAACACAGAAGAGCUCCGCUGCUAAAAUUCUGUAAAAGACAAACAUUUGUUGAUCACUAUAAACAUUACAUUCGAUCUUUCAGUGUGCAUGUUUUCAUGCAGACAAAGUCACAAAUAUCAUCCCGCCCUCAUCACAGCCCAUGCGAUCGCCUGUGGCAGGCACAUUUCUUUGUCCUGUUACCUCUGUAUUUCUGCACAAAAUGAAUAAAGACAGGGUGACAUUUAGUUUUCUACUGUGUUUUGUCAAAUGUACAUUUUCCGCCGAGCUGACCGGCAAAGGGUCUGCAAACGCACUGGUUGUUGUGCCUAACAUGGUCCUUUGUGCACGGUGUACCAGCCUGCGGCACUUGUCAUUGUGGCCUUGCACAUGGACUUUUACUGUGUGUUGAUUCCUCCAGGCUAACCAGGCUGAUGUGUGUGACUUUUUUUCUCCCCCCCCCCCCCCCCCCCCCCCCCCCCCCCAUAGCAGUGGCGGGAGCUCCGCUUAGAAGUGGCCGCAUUGCACGAGACGCCUCCUGAAAUCGCGGUCUGUUUGCCUCAGUGACUGUGGUUUUGUUUGUUUGCAUAUUUGUAUCAUUUUUUUGUUACACAAUGUAUUGUCUUCUUCCCCUGACAUAUUGUGAAAGCAUGUCUCCAUGGUCACAGCACUGACUAAAUGAAACUUGUGCUAACUGCUGAACUGGCAAGCCUGCGCAUGCUAUUGGGUGGUGUAUGCUGCCCUCUUGUGGUCAACAUAAACUGCCAUUCAAAAGCUACAUUGUUUCAUUUGUGUAAUAGUGCUUCCACUAUACAGAACGCCACAAAUGUAAAAAUAAAGUAAUAUCUUACA